UGAAUUUAAUAAGUCCAGGAUGACGACAUUUGCAGAUCACUUCUGGGGAGAGAAGAACAAUGGCUUUUUUGUGUUAUACCAUAACAUGAAACAUGGCCAAACUGCAUCAAAAGAAUUCAUUGAUUUCCUUAGGGAAAGCUGUAAGGUAGAGGAAAGUUACAGCACUCUACUUAACAAGCUAGCGAGAACAGCUGCCUCCAGCACCCAGGUUGGCACAUUCGCCCCAUUCUGGACCGUGUUGAAGAUUCUCGCGGAGAAACUAGCCACUCUACACACACAGCUUUUACAUAGCUGGACAGACCUUAUUAAGGAUGUCGCCCGCUACAAUGAAGACCAACACAAACGACACAAAAAUAUGAAAGAGAGCGAAUCAGGAACACAAGAAAUUGUUCAUUCCAUACAACAGAUCACCACAUCAUUACAUAAAGCAAAAGAAUUAUACCAUACACGAUGUUUAGAACGAGAAAGACUAAAGAGAGAAUCUGCAUCACAGAAAGACAUGGAGAAGGCUGAAGUAAAAUGUAAAAAAGCUAGUGAUGAUUAUAAAAACUUAGUGGAUAAAUAUGCAACUGUUAGGAAUGAAUUUGAAACCAAAAUGUUGGGAUCCUGUAAGCACUUCCAAGAGCUACAAGAAGAACAUAUAUGUCAGAUGAAAGACUUUAUUGAUACCUAUGCCAAAGCCUGGGAAAAUGAGCAUGCAUUGAUAGGCCAGGUUCACAAAGAAUUCAAAGCAAGCUGUGAUGAACUUUCUGUACAGAAAUUAUUAGAAAAUUUUAUUGCUUCCAAAAAAACAGGAACUGAAAAACCAGGUCCAAUAGAGUUUGUGGAACCAGACCUAUCAAGUUUGCCAGCCCCACGUCCCAUGUCACCGGAACCCAAUGACAAACGAGAGAGCUUCUCCGAGAAGCGUGGACAAGAUUCUACUUCUGCUUCUAAAGCUCAUCGUUCAUACUCCAGUGGGAGUCCCAGUCCGGUCUUGUCCGACCAACCAGGUCCUCUCAGUCGCAGUGUAAAGCUCCGCGUGUCCAGGACAUGGUUUCUGAAAAAGAAGAAAGAAAAGAAGAAGAAAAAGAAGGAGGACAAAGCCGACACUGAAUCUGUAGAUACACAAGAAGGGAUUACUCCAGAGAUUGAUGAUGAAGGUUACCAAAUACGUCCUGAUGACCCUAUGGAGAACAAUGGGGACAAAACCAGCUGGUAUUCCAGUGAUAGUGACACAGAUUCAGAUGAUGACAGCAAAAAGAAAAUCAAAGUGGAGAUCCGACCACUCAGCCCCAAUGGUGCCCCUCCCAUUACCAGUAACGUGAAGGAUAUAAAGGCAUCCGUGGAGGCUCUACGACUCUCUCCUAUAGCAAAAAAGCGUAGUCAGACACCAACAGAUAAGAAGAUGAAAAGGUCCCAGUCUGAAUCGGAUACCUUAGAUUCCCUGAAGCCAGCAGGUCUGGACUUACUAAAUUUAGAUUUUUUUGCUUCGUCAAGUGCUUCCACCCCCACCGGUGGGGGCUAUAACCUUCCCUCCCCACUCUCCCCUAUGGCAGAUACCCGACUACACAAUAAUGCACUGUCCAGUGCCGGCACCACCCCUAACAACAAUAUAGGAGGACUACUUAACAAUAGUAUAGGAAGUGAUGGGGUGGCAGUCAACCCUCUCCCCUCCCCAUCUAGUCACAUCACCUCACCUCUUGGAGGGGGCAUCAGCCUACCAUCAGCUGCAAUCCCAAGGCCAUCAUCACGUAACAAAGGCAUCAUACCUCAGGUUCCAUCACGACCCUCGGGUAGGAACAGUCCUGCCUCCUUAAUGGGCAGAUCCGAUAGCAUGACCUUUAGCACAACCUCCAUGUUGAUGGGGUCAUCUCGUGGGCCAAGUCCGCUGACCAUUGGCAAGUGUGACACUAUACCGUUAGCUAUUGCGUUCACGGAGAAUAUCAGCGCUUACUUCAAGGGCACAGAUGCUACACAGUGUAUGGUGAAGGUCAUUGGCAAUGUCAUGAUGUCAUUUCCUGCUGGUGUCAUCAAAGUGUUCACAGAAAAUCCUGCUCCGGCUACACUGAGCUUUCAAAUCAAAAAUACAUCUAGACUUAACAACAUCAUCCUUAAUAAACAAUUGAUAGUAGAAGAAUCACACAAUGCAACCGAGGACUGUACUGUAUAUACAUUCAAUAUGUCCGCCCUGACAGAUCAUCUCCGAAAUCAGGGAGAGGAGAACAAGACUGCAUCUUAUUUCAAUAUUGAUAUACUCAAAUACCAGGGGAAGCCCCAGCCUGGUGUAGAAAGCUGUCCACUUCCCCUUGUGGUAUAUUGGAAGUGUGAGGAAAAACACACUGACUUCAGGCUAGACUACAAGUACAACCCUAAGUCCAUGUCCUCACCCAGCGCCUUAAAGAAUGUCAUAGCCACAGUAGUUGUUAAUGGAGGGGUGGAAAACAUGCAGAGCAUUCCUCCUGGAAAUUGGAAUGAAGAAAAUCAACGUGUCACCUGGAAAUUAAAUGACUUGGCCGAGCUGAGUGAGGAGGGUAGUGCUGGAAGUAUACGAGCCAAAUUUAACCUCAAAGCAGGCCCCUCAAAACCCACUACAACUGCCAUGAGUUUUAUAUCAGAGGGGGCCUCACUGUCAGGGAUAGACUUUGAGUUAGUAGGCAAUGGCUACAGGAUCUCCAUGUCAAAGAAACGCUUUGGUGCAGGUAAGUAUGUAGCAGAUCCGGACAUGACACAGUCCAGUGUAUGAUAUUGAUAAUCGCCAUCGUGGCAACCUAGCAACACUAACUCAGGUGACCUCCCCUGGAUAGGACAGCAAGGGCAGCAGGACACCAACAUGCAACAGGCAACUAUCGGGGUUCAACUCACGGUGGAUCUCAUAGAACGCAAUCCCCAAAAUGUGACAGGAUAAAGUAGAGAUCUCACAACUCACAACCGUUGCACAUUCGUUCCGAUAUUUUUUGUAACAUGUAUAUUUAUGUAUGUGUUAAAUAAGUAAUUUCUAGUAAUGUCUCAUGAAAUACUGUAGUUUACUUACCUUCCGUGAUGAAUCAUUAAUAGAUAGAAGUUUUGAAUUAUGCUAAACUAAUGCAACAUACAAGUGAUAAAUCAUGAGAACAAUCAUUUUUAUUUGGCAGAAAUUGCCAGGAAUAGUUGUCUUUCCUUAAUGGUAGCAAACAUUUCCAUGCAUUACUUCAGCAUCUUUGUGUGUUCGUUGGUGCCAUACUGCCAUCCUGUUGUUUCUGUCCAUGACUGAUAACAUACUCCAGACCAAAUAUAGUUAUCAGGAAUUCCUAGUCACAAAAUUCUAAGGUCAUCACGUUCACCUCAUAGCCUCCAGGCUGUAUGCUUAACCAUUCCACAGAUUUGUUUUAAGUCACUACACUGCAUGUACAAGUGUUGUGGUGCAACGUUGGUUCAUAACAGUUGUUGAGAACUGUAUCUUGAACAUGAGGCCAGGUUCAUGGAGAAAUGCACACUAAUUAUCAAUAUUUGUGUUUUAGGGUGUUCAAAUUUUUCAACACGCUGUUGAUGGGAUGAUACAGAUUUUGUCAAGCAGAGCAUGUUUUAAAAGUUGCAGUAAAUCAGAAAAAGUUGAAAGUUUGAGCUGUUAUUUUUGAACAUUAAAGCAGGUUAGGGACUCUUACCCAAUUCUCAGUAAUCACGUACGAGUCUGGCUACAGCAACUUUUUGCACUGCACAUAGAUACUGGCCUUCAUUAUUGCACACCAGUAAUCCUUUAACAUCUACUGUACCUCUGUAAUGUCUGUAGAUUCCUGGUUUUUCACACUAUUACAAUCACAUAGUGUUUUGAUUGGAAAAUGCUGUAAGAUUUGCUUGCAUGUGCAAAUGAUUUGGUGUGUGGUAUUGUUGGUCAUUAUCUCUGUUUUGAAUUGUCCAAUUUCCGAUUUGUCUUUCAUCUGUGAUAUACUUAAUACUGUAUGUAUGUAAUUGGUCAUUUAUCACGUAGUAGGAUUAGGGAGCUGUUCACAUAGCAGCUGGUAUUUAUUCGGAUUACUUCAAUAUUUCAUGUCAUUGUCAUUUUUUUGUUCGUUUUUUGUCUUCAUUUUCAAAUGCCCGCCGCAAAUAUCAACAUCAUCAAGUCCAUUCAUCCAUUAAUUUUUACCUGCUGUAUAUGGGGUUGUUCUUGAUGGAUUUUGAAGAAAUGUUCUACAGAUCUUUGUUAUGUCAAACUAUUGAGCUGCAUUGAAUUUCAAGGUAAUUCAUUGCAAAUUUAACUAAGUCAACAUUUGUACUUUCAUUAAGAACUUUUCUGGUCUAUUCUGUAGUAAACAAAUGGCCAGUUUCACUGAAACUUACUUGUUAAGUUUUAGUGGAGUUAGUUUUAAUAACAUGCACUAAAAAUUAAGAUUAAGUCUCUAUAAAUUAUGAAAAAAUAAGAUAUUUCUAGAAGCUUCUGUAUUUUUAAUUGAUGAAACUUACCGUGAAUGCUCUUUGCAUUGAUAGGAUUACUCUCUUACUACUUCGUAAUUGUUUCGUUUUUCCAACCUUUGUAAAGGUUAUAUUUUUCCGACCUUUGUAAGGUUUUCCGUUUUUUCCAACCUUUGCCACAAAGUUUAUGGCAGAUGUGUAAUGUAGUGUUUGUAGUUCUUCAUUCCUGAAAUAUUUAGUACAUUUUGUUACUUAACAAAGGUGUUGGUUGGGUGAAUAACUAAUGGUUCCAUGGUCUUGUAUCUCUGUAGCUCAGAAAUUGUACUUAGGUACACUUCAUUCAGAACUAAGUCUGGACACAUGUUAGUGCAUGCAGGAACAUGUAUAGUACUUGAUAACAAAUUAUAUUACAUACACUUUUGAAAAAGUGUUCAAGUAUCAAGAGUUAUUCAGGAGACAUAGCUAAAUUUGAUAUUUUUUCGAAUUUGUCCUGGAAAAUAACCAUUAUAUCUGUACAAAAAUUCCUGUAAGGAAAACCAGAUAUAGCGAGGUUAUCAAACCUUGUUGUUAGUGAUGAUAUUUUUGUCAGACUUUUUUUUGGACAAGUUAGAAAUCUGAAAAAUGCACUUGUAUGAGUUUUUCUUUCAUUUUUAAAUACCCAGUAAAUAAUGGCUGUUUUAGGCAAUUUCACUUCUGUCUUUUCAUUUCCCCUGCACUUGUUUAUUUAUAUUGACCACGUGUUGAGACAAAUGGCAUUUAAUCAUUAAGAAAUCCUUCUUGUCGGGUAGUCUCCCUUUGAUACAGAGCAAGUCCUGUCAAGUUAUUUCUGCUUAAUUGGGCAUUGUUAUAUAGGUUAGUGAUUGUUUCAUGGUUUAGUACAUGUAGAACUAUUACCUUAAAGUAUUGGGAGCUAGUUAAUAACAUAUGUAUAUGUACUUAGUGUCAGAAACAGCUCACUAGUUAUUAACAUAUGUGUAUGUACUUAGUGUCAGAAAC